UUCAAAAUGAAGCAAUUCUCCGCAAAACACGCCCUCGCAGUUGUGGUGACUGCAGGGCACGCCUUAGCAGCCUCUACGCAGGGCAUCUCCGAAGACCUCUACAGCCGUUUAGUCGAAAUGGCCACUAUCUCCCAAGCUGCCUACGCCGACCUGUGCAACAUUCCGUCGACUAUUAUCAAGGGAGAGAAGAUUUACAACUCUCAAACUGACAUCAACGGAUGGAUUCUCCGCGACGACAGCAGUAAAGAAAUCAUCACCGUCUUCCGUGGCACUGGCAGUGAUACGAAUCUACAACUCGAUACUAACUACACCCUCACCCCUUUCGGCACCCUGCCCCAGUGCAACGGUUGUGAAGUACACGGUGGAUAUUAUAUUGGAUGGGUCUCCGUCCAGGACCAAGUCGAGUCGCUUGUCAAACAGCAGGUUAGCGAGUAUCCGGAUUAUGCGCUGACUGUGACGGGCCACAGUCUCGGAGCGUCUCUGGCAGCACUCACUGCCGCCCAGCUGUCUGCGACAUACGACAACAUCCGCCUGUACACCUUCGGCGAACCGCGCAGCGGCAAUCAGGCCUUCGCGUCGUACAUGAACGAUGCCUUCCAAGCCUCGAGCCCAGAUACGACGCAGUAUUUCCGGGUCACUCAUGCCAACGACGGCAUCCCAAACUUGCCCCCGGCGGACCAGGGGUACGCCCAUGGCGGUGUAGAGUACUGGAGCGUUGAUCCUUACGGCGCCCAGAACACAUUUGUCUGCACUGGGGAUGAAGUGCAGUGCUGUGAGGCCCAGGGCGGACAGGGUGUGAAUAAUGCGCACACGACUUAUUUUGGGAUGACGAGCGGAGCCUGUACAUGGUGA